UGAACAUGUGGAGAUAUAUAUGGUUAACCACCGGUCCAUACUUAAUUACGGAGCACAUACUUUGUAGUCCUCCAUCCUUGAUUCCCUUAACUGGUUUCUAAUUUGAUUGUUAAAAGCUGAGAGAAGAGAUCAAAACCAUGGAUCCUUCCCUCUAUAAGGCGGCAGCAUCUGGAGAUAUUCGUUUCUUGAGAUCAGAUCGUUUUCCCGAUCAGAAAACACCUAAAGACAACAAUAUACUUCAUGUUGCUGCUGAGUUCAAGCAAGCAGACUUCUUCAAAAACGUCCCACUCGAUGUUCAAACUUCAUUGUUUUGGGCCACCAACAAAAAGGGCAACACUCCCCUACACGUUGCUGCAAGAGUUGGCUGUCAUGAAAUCGUAAAGUUCCUCAUCCAACACGCGAAGGAAACGCAAAUUCAUGGAGCUGAUCAGGAAAGCGGGCCAGCUGAUAAGGAUGCACACAAAGAGUUGUUCCGAAUGACAAAUUGGCAAAAGGAUACAGCUUUGCACGUUGCUGUCCGCAAUGGUCAUGGUGGAGUGGUUAUGCUUUUGAUGGAAGCUGAUCCUCAAUUGUGUUGUUUCACUAAUGGAGCCAAUGAGUCGCCGUUGUUCCUGGCCGUUAGAAGUGGGUCUGCUAGCAUUGCUCUUUAUAUUUUGAACCACUCUGAUCCCGUACUUCCUUCUUUUCAUGGGACUAAUGGUGUGACAGCUUUACAUGCGGCAGUGACUCCCAAGCACCUUACAGGGAGAGGCAUUGUGGAGACGAUGGUAUCAAAAAAUCCGGAUGUGAUAAGAAAAGCCGAUGCACUUGGGUGGACUCCCUUACACUACGCAGCAUUGAGAGGGAACCUUGAAGCGACUAGAGUGCUCAUGCAAUAUGAUAGUUCUGCAUCUUAUAUCCUAGACAAAUCUGGAAUAUCAGCUCUCCAUGUUGCGGCCUACGCUGGGUACAUCAGAGUAAUGGAAGAGAUGAUUCGACAUCGACCUGAUACUUGUGAUUUGCUCAAUGACAAAGGCCAAACGAUUCUACAUGCUGCAGUUUUGGGCGAACAAAUACAUGUCAUCAGUUACAUAUUAAAUAACCCUAUGUUUGCAGGACUUAUAAAUGAAGCAGAUAAAGAUGGAAACACUCCAUUGCAUCUAGCUGCCCGUUACCAAAAUCGUGAAAUUAUAAGAAUUUUGACAGAUGACCCCAAAGUGGACAAGACUGCGAUUAAUGAAGAAUUCUCAAGGGCCAUCGACUUUUUUCUCGGCGACAAUGGUGGAGAACAGGAAAUCUUUGAUAACCAAAGAGUCUUGCACCACCUGGGGCGCUCCACUGGCGUGCCAUUUUUCCAACAACAAAUCAACCGUGAUUUCAAGAAAUUGAUAUGUCCGGAUAAUGAUACCUCUUGCCCGCCAGCCAUUGCUGCAGACAAGAGAGAAAAACUGCAAGCUCAUUCAGAUUUAGCCUCAAAAAGGCUCGACACCAACUUGCUCGUAGGGGUGCUUAUCGCGACUGUCACAUUUACAGCGGCGUUCACCCCUCCCGGAGGAUUUAAAAGUGACGGAACACCAGUUUUAAAUGAAAAUACAUAUUUUCAAGCGUUUCUGAUGUUUGACUUUAUCUCCUUCUUUUUCUCAUCUCUUGCCAUUCUAAAUGAUUUCUUGGUAGCAACCGUCUUACCAAUCCGUCUAGCAGCACCUGCAAGUCUCAUUCAGCUUUCCAUCGGAGGAAUGAUGGUUGCAUUUACUUCGGGCGACAUUUUGGUGUCAAUAAUAUUCGUCAUUUUAUUUUUGGUAGCUGUCCUCCCUAUGGUGAAGUCUUUGUUUCAAAUAAUAAUGGGAAAGAAGUACCCAUUGACAUUGUAGCAAGUUAACAUUUUGAUUCGGAAUCGCAUAAAUUAAUGUCAUGUUGACAUGUUGCGUGCGUAAUUGAAAGUUACUAGCCCUCAUUGUAAAUUCACACAAUUUUUUUUACUUAACUUUCACAGCUUGUUAUUUUAUGUCGUUUGAUCA